AUGGCCAUGCAGAAGAAGGACAAGAACCCGUUCCUCCCCGAGCGGGGAGGGAACUGCUGGGUAUGGUUUCCGCCGAGAACUGGGAAAGCCGAAGAUCGGCCCUCAGGAACCCGCGAUGCGGCCGCCUUGCCCCACAAUGCGGACGCACACGAGGCUCGGCUGGAGAAAGGCCUCUGGGGCAAGAAAGCUUACCGGCUGGCCCCGGCCACCUUCGUCGCAGACAGCCAGGACGGCACGGCCCUGAUCAAGGAACACGGCAACUCAGGUGGCAUGGCAAGCAUCAAGGUCAAGACUGGCUUGAUCUUGGACUGGUAUGAGGGCCUCCUGGUCCUGGAGGAGUUGAACCGGCGGAAUGAGAACGAGGAUGCCUGUGCCUGGGUCACCGAGCUGCGCGAGACGUUUCAGAAGGAGAAGUCGCAGAGGAACAUCAGCGCCAGCUUGUAUGUCAGCAAGAAGCUGUUGAAUGCUGCUGUCACGGGGCCUAACUUCGUUACACGCGAGGGCCGUGUCAUAGCCCACCGGCGAGCUCCGCUGCGGGAUGAUGGCCAGCUUCCGGAGGCCGACGCGCCGCCACCGGGGUGGUACAAGGUGGAUCGGAUCGAAAGGUACCUCCCGCCCUGGGAGGCUUUCGUCCACCCCAAGUGUGGGCUCUACCAGGAUUUCUAUCUGGUGCAGUGGAGCGUGCCGCUGACGAUGGAGAGCUACGAAGACACCCCCCAGGGCGAGCCUGGUUUUCCAAAGUGCACCUGGGAGCCUGACGAGUGUCUGCCGGAUGACCUCGAUGCUCUGCGCAUCUCCGCGAAGAAGAGGUGGCUGGAGGCGCAGAAGGAGCGCGAGCGCAAGGUGACGCGCCAUCCGAGCUUGCAGACGGAUGACCCCAAGGUGGAAACGCGUGGCACCAAGCGGAUGGCAAACGGAGAUGCUGCGCUGCUGGCGAAGGCAACGUUCAAAGACCUGAGCCGCCUGGCGAUCCAUGGGCUUCGCGAGGAGCUGAAGGUUGAGAUCUCCGAGGAAGACAAGGGCAGAAUCAAGGAAGGCUGGCCCAAGUCUGAAGGGGACUAUGCGCCUGGCUUUGUCCCGGCGAUGCCUCCUGGCUGCUGCAUGCAGGAUUGCCGGUGCAUGGAAGAUUGGCAUGUGGGCGAGGCGGUGGAUCAUGGCAAAGCGUUGGCUUGGCUUUCCCUGAGGGACCAGGCCAUCGCCCGAGCGAUCAACGGCUUCAAGGUCCAGACGCAGAUGCUGAGAGUCAGGGGACAGGUGUCUGGCCAAGCGUUCUUCGAGCCAUUUACGGCUGGCAAAGAACCCCCUGUCACUGGCUUCCAGAGGCAGAGACAGAUGGCCAGCCAGGUGGCCAUGAUCGUGGUCCAAUGCGUGAAGCAGGCCGUGACGCCCUUGCCGCUGGCGGCAGCCCUAGAAGCAGGAGCUCAUGACAUCCUUCGCUCCUUGUACAUCUUGGACGACAGCACCGCGGAUCUGGACAACGAUGGAAACUCCUCAGGCGGUCCGUUCGAACCGCUCCGGUUCGAGAAGCUCGCCGGGCCGGAAUGGAUCCAGGUCAACGAGUCCACGGGGCGCAUUACCACAAUUGCCAAGGACACGCCGCGUGCCUUCAAGGCCGACUCCUUCACUGUUUCCGUGGACUUCUGCGGCGUGGUGAAGCGCUGGCGCCUGGACCUCAAGAUUGGGCCCAACAAGCCCCCACUGCCAGAGAACCUGCGAGCGUGGACGGCCCAAGUGGCGGAUGCCCUGCGCUCGGCACCGCAGCUCCAUGAGAAGUGUUUGGAACUGGUGAAGCAGGUUUACGACUCCGAGACCAGAGCUAUCCGGAAAAAGGCCACGCUGGCACACUGGCUCCGGCAAAUGAAGAAGGUCUACGUCAUGGCCAGGGCCUUCUCCUGCAUCUCCGCUCGAAAGCCACUUCCGCCGACUCCGGCCCGCUAA